GCGACAUGCAUGUUGGGUGGCCCUAUCACCCCUCAGCUUUUUGGAGCCUAUUAAAUGCCGAGCACCAACUUUUGUGGUAUUUGAUAAAUAAAGGUUUCUAUGUCUUGGAGUUUUUGAUGUGUUUGCGUAUGGUGUUCAAUUUCAUACAAAGCAGAUCAAAGCAGAAAGCAGACCUUUACAAGUGUGUAUACAGCGUUGUCGGUGAUGUUGUGGACAGAUGCUGACAGAUGGCAGAGUCCACAGCACAUUUCGAUGCAGGCAAAGCGGUGAAGAUCCCAUGGAUCCCGAGGAUGCUGCAGAAGAUGAGUCCUCUGCAGCCUGGCUUGAGGAUUUAACCGCGAGAGCAGGGAGCAGCGGCGAUUUGCGGGCAGCCUUUGCACUGAAGCCUUGCUCCACCAAGGAGAUUCGACAGCUGGGUGACCAGGCCUUUCUAGGUGGCAAAAGGACUCCUGGCGCCUUGCCCAUCUAUGACUUAGAUGGAAAGGUGAGCCUCAAGUUCCUUUUGGCCGCCUACAAAGCCAGUGAGAAGAGCCGAGAUCGACUCAGAGGUGAAGAUUCAGAGGUGGAUUUCCAUCGCCCAUUCCUUUGGUGGCUCUUGAAGAAGGCCCGGGAGCUGCAGCUCCUCAGCAGCCGCGAGGUGAAACGUGGUAGCUUGGCACCCGGGCGUGUGGAUGCAGCACAGAAGAGCGGGCAGUGGUCACUGAGCUUGGAGCAGAACCAAGCGGAGGCCUCCGACGAGGAGGGCCGCCAGAAGAAGGCCCUGGCCCGCGCCCGCGUGCAGGACGCCAACAGCAUGCAGAUGGAUGUCCGUUUCCGGGAACUCAAGCCGUCCGAAGGCACUGCCAAGCGGAAAAGGACCGCUGGCGGAUCCUCCGACCAUGAGGAUCUUGCAGACGAUGAGUCCUCUGCAGCCUGGCUUGAGGAUUUAACCGCGAGAGCAGGGAGCAGCGGCGAUUUGCGGGCAGCCUUUGCACUGAAGCCUUGCUCCACCAAGGAGAUUCGACAGCUGGGUGACCAGGCCUUUCUAGGUGGCAAAAGGACUCCUGGCGCCUUGCCCAUCUAUGACUUAGAUGGAAAGGUGAGCCUCAAGUUCCUUUUGGCCACCAACAAAGCCAGUGAGAAGAGCCGAGAUCGACUCAGAGGUGAAGAUUCAGAGGUGGAUUUCCAUCGCCCGUUCAUCCGCUGGCUCUUGAAGAAGGCCCGGGAGCUGCAGCUCCUCAGCAGCCGGGAGGUGAGCCGUGGUAGCUUGGCACCCGGGCGUGUGGAUGCAGCGCAGAAGAGUGGGCAGUGGUCACUGAGCUUGGAGCAGAACCAAGCGGAGGCCUCCGACGAGGAGGGCCGCCAGAAGAAGGCCCUGGCCCGCGCCCGCGUGCAGGACGCCAAAACCAUGCAGAUGGAUGUCCGUUUCCCGACACGGAAGUCCUCCGAAGGCUCUAACGAGGAUGCCGCUGAGCUCCUAAAGCAACAAUGGCGCAGCCAACUGGAGCCCAAGAAAGACAAAAUCGAAGCCAAUUCAAGCCAUGGCCUUGACCUGCAAAAGAUGUGCGACAGAUUGACAGCUCCAUCUCUAUCUUUCGACUGGGAGGAGCCGGAGUCAGACGAGGACGAAUCCAAAGGCAUCCUGCAGGUGGAGCUACCUGCCAGUGCCAAAACUUCUGAAGGCCGGAGAGCCUUGCUACGUGAGGAGAUCAAACGUUCCCUCUCCUUCAAGCAGGCCAAAGAGUUGACAAAGGUGAAGAGCCUUCCUUCCUCCGGUGAUUUCGUUCGGGCGGCUGCGACGCCCACCAAAGCCAAAAAGAGAAAAGUGGGUCCUCAGAUUGCCACAGAGCCUGAUCUCCCGAGCUCCACGCCCAAGGAGGAAGCGAGCUCAGAGGUGCAGCCGGCCCAGGAAGCAGGUCUCUCAAGUGAUGCAGUAACCGAUCCUCCGAAACCAUCAGCCAGUUCGUCGGACAUGUCGCCCACAGGCCCAGAUGGCUCAGGGUCCCAACCCCAGGAGGUCCAGCCAAUGAAGUCGGAGCCGGCGGCGCAGCCGUCUCCAGAGCGACUGGUAGCAAAAGGAGUUGCAGGACAUCAAGAUGCUCUGGAGCCUCUCAGUGUUCAGAAAGGCGUUGAUGAGGCGCCUCCCUUUGCCUUGGAGAUCAGCCCCACCUUGCCUUUUGAGCCUGUGGAAGGUCCGAGAGAUGAGGAGCCCAAAGAUCCAGAUCCAGGCUGCGACAUCAGCCCCACCCUCCCCUUCGACAUUGAUGCCAGCGCGUUGCAAGAAGCCUGCAACACGGCCCCUGCAGUUGCUGAAGAGCCGGCCAUGCAGACUGAAGAGGUGGUAGCGGAGGCACCAGCACCCAUGGAGGAGGAGCCAGAGGUGCCCAGCAGCGAGGAUGAAGAGAUGAAGGGUAACGCCCGCGCCUUGCGCGAGCGAGCCUGGCUGCGUCACAAGCGCAAUAUGCAGGCUGUGACGCUGAGCCAGGAGGUGACAUCUCAGGAGGACCUCUCCUUUGGUCGGCCAAAGAGGACCGGCCCCAAAAAGCGGUCCAUUUUGAUGGGCUCGGUUGCAGCUUGCUGUUGAGGCAAGAGUUGUGGCGUGCUUGAGGAAGUUAGCAGAAUGGCAGAAUUGACACACUGGUAUGCUUGAUACAAUCAUGAAACAAGUUCCAAGUCUCCUUGGCUCUAUUGUGCUGUUUCAAACGUUGGUGACUAGUGGCUUGUUCCAACUGGCUGCCAGCUUUCCUUCUCAAGCUUUCGAGGCAAAAUCA